UAUGUAGUUUCUCACCUAUUUCACCUCAUAAAUAAAAGGGGUGCUUUACCCACCUCUUCAUCACCAUAAAGACUGACUAUUUAAUGUUGUCUGAUGUUGGGCAAUAGAUGUGUUUCAUCCACUUUAAUCUACUUGCUGUGGUUCUACUUUCUACUUUCUUCUUCCUGACUGCCAGACAAUGGUGCUUUUGCACUGGAUAUCUCCAUCUUGCAUACCAGCAGGUCAAAUGGUGAAACCAACAAAGUCACCUGUGACCAUGCAUAUUAGCUGUGUAAUAAUUUGGUCUAUACUCAUCUAGUCAGUGUAUUUUUCUUGGACUGAUCCACUUCAUGCAUGUAUGUAUGGGCCCCAGUAAGAAUGGCUGGACUUACAGAGAUAAGUGGUGAUACUGGACUGCCGACUCCCAGUAUGGCUGCAGUCCUGACAGCAUCAAAUACACACAUAUCACACAUAUCAGUUCCCUUUCUAACCUUAUCCUGGGUCUUUCUCAGAGACUGCAAGAAUCUGGCGUGGACUCCUCUGCUCAGACUCUUAGCGAUGCAGCCAUUCAGGCUUUUGAUUUGAUGUCUAGGGAGCUUGGAAGGUUGAUGUCAUCGGUGAUACUGGCACACCACCAUGUCUGGCUAGCACAGUCCCGUCGGUCAAAGGGACGUUGUUGCACCUUCUUUUCCCUUCCGGUGGCUCCUGGCCAGAUGUUUGGUCUGGCUGCUCAGCAGGCACUGGAGCGGAGUACGUACGCAUAUCAAGCCAGGCAGAGGUUUGCUGACCUGCAGCGGGGCCCAGUUCAGGUUCCAAGGCAGAGAGGUCAUUUGUCUCUUGCCACCUGGUCCCAGCCACUCUUAUUAUUCACCUGCUCACUCAGAGGGACAACUUACAGCCUGUCGCUAUUGUGGGCAUGAUCAGCGCCACCAUGCUCCUAUCCCGAUGAUGUUUGGGUUUUAUACUGGGGCGGGCGCCCUACAUCCUUGCAUGGUCACAGGCAACUCUGUUGGAAUAAUGACUCGACCUGCCCAUAUGUGAGAUGGAGACAUCCAGUUACAUUGGGUGAAUUGGAACGUCAACUUUUACAAGCCAACCCCAUCCUGGAGUCUUUUGGGAAUGCGAAGACAGUGAAAAAUGACAACUCUUCACGUUUUGGGAAAUUCAUCCGGAUCAACUUUGAUGUCACCGGAUACAUUGUUGGAGCCAAUAUUGAAACCUACUUACUGGAGAAAUCCAGAGCUAUUCGUCAAGCCAAAGAUGAGCGCACCUUCCACAUUUUCUACCAGCUGCUGGCUGGAGCUGGAGAGCACCUCAAAUCGGACCUCCUUUUGGAAGGAUUCGACCACUACCGUUUCCUGUCCAAUGGUAACAUCCCAAUCCCGGGUCAGCAGGACAAAGACAACUUCCAGGAGACCAUGGAGGCCAUGCACAUCAUGAGCUUCGGCCAUGAGGAGAUUCUGGCCAUGUUGAAGGUGGUGUCCUCAGUGCUCCAAUUUGGUAACAUUAGCUUUAAGAAAGAGAGGAACUCUGACCAAGCCUCUAUGCCUGAUAAUACUGCCGCUCAGAAACUGUGUCAUCUGCUGGGUUUGAAUGUUAUGGAGUUUACCAGAGCCAUCCUGUCCCCAAGGAUCAAAGUGGGAAGAGACUACGUCCAGAAAGCGCAGACUAAAGAGCAGGCUGACUUUGCUGUUGAGGCCUUGGCUAAAGCAACGUAUGAGCGUCUGUUCCGCUGGCUGGUCCAUCGCAUCAAUAAGGCCCUGGACAGAACCAAACGACAGGGCGCCUCCUUCAUUGGCAUCCUGGACAUCGCAGGUUUUGAGAUCUUCCAGUUGAACUCAUUUGAGCAGAUGUGCAUCAACUACACCAACGAGAAGCUGCAGCAGCUCUUCAACCACACCAUGUUCAUCCUGGAGCAGGAGGAGUACCAGAGGGAGGGCAUCGAGUGGAGCUUCAUCGACUUCGGCCUCGACCUGCAGCCCUGCAUCGACCUCAUUGAGAGGCCGGCAAACCCUCCAGGAGUGUUGGCUCUGCUGGAUGAAGAGUGCUGGUUCCCCAAGGCCACAGACAAGACCUUUGUAGACAAGCUGAUCCAGGAGCAGGGCACACACACCAAGUUCCAGAAGCCCCGCCAACUCAAAGACAAGGCCGACUUCUGCAUCAUCCACUACGCUGGCAAAGUGGACUAUAAAGCCGAUGAGUGGCUAAUGAAGAACAUGGACCCUCUGAAUGACAACGUGGCCACUCUUCUGCAUCAGUCGACCGACAAAUUUAUAACUGAACUUUGGAAAGACGUCGACCGUAUCGUGGGCCUGGACCAGGUGGCGGGGAUGAACGAGACGGCCUUUGGCGCCACCUACAAAACGAAAAAGGGCAUGUUUCGUACGGUGGGACAGCUCUACAAGGAGUCGCUGACCAAGCUCAUGGCCACACUGAGGAACACCAACCCCAACUUUGUUCGCUGCAUCAUCCCCAACCACGAAAAAAGAGCUGGUAAACUGGAGCCUCACCUGGUUCUGGAGCAGCUGAAGUGUAAUGGAGUCCUAGAGGGGAUCCGCAUCUGCAGACAGGGCUUCCCCAACCGUAUCGUCUUCCAGGAGUUCAGACAGAGAUAUGAGAUCCUGACGCCUAACGCUAUCCCCAAGGGAUUCAUGGAUGGAAAACAAGCCUGUGAGAGAAUGAUCCGAGCCCUGGAGCUGGACCCCAACCUGUUCCGUAUCGGCCAGAGUAAGAUCUUCUUCAGAACUGGUGUUCUGGCUCACCUAGAGGAGGAGCGAGAUCUGAAGAUCACCGACAUCAUCAUCUACUUCCAGUCUGUUUGCCGUGGAUACUUGGCACGCAAGGCCUUCGCUAAGAAGCAGCAGCAGCUGAAUGCCCUGAAGGUCCUCCAGAGGAACUGCGCUGCUUAUUUGAAGCUGCGACACUGGCAGUGGUGGAGGCUUUUCACCAAGGUGAAGCCUCUGCUGCAGGUCACCCGGCAGGAGGAGGAGCUGCAGGCCAAAGAUGAGGAGCUGGUAAAGGUGAAGGAGAGACAGCUCAAGGUGGAGAAUGAGCUUGUGGAGAUGGAGAGGAAACACCAACAGCUCGUAGAGGAGAAGAAUAUUCUAGCAGAACAGCUCCACGCGGAGACGGAGCUCUUUGCUGAGGCCGAAGAGAUGAGAGUUCGUCUGCUUUCUAGGAAGCAAGAGCUGGAGGAGAUUCUUCAUGACCUGGAGUCGAGGGUGGAGGAAGAGGAGGAGAGGAACCAGAGCCUGCAGAAUGAGAAGAAGAAGAUGCAGUCACACAUUCAGGACCUGGAGGAGCAGCUUGAUGAGGAGGAAGCUGCAAGACAGAAGCUGCAGCUGGACAAAGUGACAGCCGAGGCAAAGAUCAAGAAAAUGGAGGAGGACAUUCUUCUGCUGGAGGACCAAAACUCCAAGUUCCUCAAGGAGAAAAAGCUGCUGGAGGACCGGAUUGGCGAGAUGACCUCUCAACUGACAGAGGAGGAGGAGAAGGCAAAGAACCUCGGCAAGGUCAAGAACAAGCAGGAGAUGAUGAUGGUGGACCUGGAGGAGCGUUUGAAGAAGGAGGAGAAAACACGACAAGAGCUGGAGAAGGCCAAACGCAAACUGGAUGCUGAGACCACUGACCUGCAGGACCAGAUUGCUGAGCUUCAGGCCCAAAUAGAGGAGCUGAAGAUCCAACUGAGCAAGAAGGAGGAGGAGCUGCAGGCUGCUCUGGUCAGGAGUGAUGAGGAGACAGUCCAGAAGAACAACGCCUUGAAGCAGGUUCGGGAGCUGCAGGCCCACCUUGCUGAGCUUCAGGAGGACCUGGAGUCAGAGAAGAUGUGUCGAAGUAAAGCUGAAAAACUUAAGAGGGACCUGAGUGAGGAGCUUGAGGCCCUGAAGACGGAGCUGGAAGACACGCUGGAUUCCACCGCUGCCCAGCAAGAGCUACGGUCCAAGCGAGAGCAAGACGUGGCAGAGCUGAAGAAGGCCAUCGAUGAGGAGACCAAAAACCACGAGGCUCAGAUCCAGGAAGUGAGACAGAGGCACGCCACAGCGCUGGAAGAAGUGUCUGAACAGCUGGAGCAGGCCAAGCGGUUCAAGGCCAACCUGGAGAAGAACAAGCAGAGUCUGGAGAGUGACAACAAAGAGUUGGCCUGUGAUGUGAAGAGUCUGCAACAGGCAAAGACGGAGUCCGAACAUAAGAGGAAGAAAAUGGAGGCCCAGCUGCAGGAGUUUAUGUCCAGGGCCACCGAGGGAGAGAGGGCCAAGGGAGAGCUGGCCGAACGCUCUCACAAACUCCAGACGGAGCUGGACAAUGCAUUCACUUUGCUGGAGGAGGCAGAGAAGAAGGGCGUCAAACUGGCCAAGGAGGUCGACAAACUGAACAGCAAACUGCAAGACUCCGAGGAGUUGCGGCAGGAGGAGACGCGUCAGAAGCUGAACCUGAGUGGCCAGAUCCGCCAGCUGGAGGUGGAUAAGAACACCUUGCUGGAGCAGCAAGAGGAUGAGGAGGAGGCACGACGCAACCUGGAGAAACAGCUGCAGAUGGUGCACUCCCAGCUGUUUGACACGAAGAAGAAGCUAGAGGAGGACGUGGGGUCGAUGGAGGGCCUGGAGGAGGUGAAGAGAAAGCUCCAGAAGGACGUGGAGCUGACCAGCCAGUGUCUGGAGGAGAAGACCAUGUCCAUGGACAAGAUGGAGAAGACCAAGAACAGACUGCAGCAGGAGCUGGACGACCUGAUGGUGGACUUGGACAACCAGAGACAGAUCGUCUCAAACCUUGAAAAAAAACAAAAGAAGUUCGACCAGCUGCUUGCUGAAGAGAAGACCAUCUCUGCUCGUUACGCUGAGGAGCGUGACCGUGCGGAGGCCGAGGCCAGAGAGAAGGAUACCAAGGCCCUGUCUAUGGCCAGAGCUCUGGAGGAGGCCUUGGAGGCCAAAGAGGAACUGGAGCGGUUUAACAAGCAGCUCCGUGCUGAAAUGGAGGACUUGAUGAGCUCCAAGGAUGACGUGGGGAAGAACGUCCAUGAACUGGAAAAGUCCAAGCGAACUCUGGAGCAACAGGUGGAGGAGAUGAGAACUCAGCUGGAGGAGCUGGAGGACGAGCUGCAGGCCACAGAGGACGCCAAACUGCGUCUGGAGGUCAACAUGCAGGCCAUGAAGGCCCAGUUUGACCGAGACCUGCAGGCCAGAGACGAGCAGGGAGAGGAGAAGAAGAGGUCGCUUGUCAAACAGGUGCGUGAGAUGGAGGCAGAGUUGGAGGACGAGAGGAAGCAGAGAACUCUGGCUGUUGCCUCCAAGAAGAAGCUGGAGAUGGACCUGAACGAGCUGGAAGGACAGAUUGAAGCCGCUAACAAGGGCAGGGAGGAGGCUGUUAAACAACUCAAAAAACUACAGGCUCAGGUGAAGGACUACCAGAGGGAGCUGGAGGAGGCCAGAUCCUCCAGGGAUGAGAUCUUCACCCAGUCCAAGGAGAACGAGAAGAAACUCAAGAGCCUAGAAGCUGAAGUCCUACAGCUACAGGAGGACCACGCAGCGUCCGAGAGGGCCCGGCGACAUGCUGAACAGGAGAGGGAUGAGCUGGCGGAUGAGAUCUCCAACAGUGCUUCUGGAAAGUUGUCACUGCUGGAAGAGAAGAGAAGGCUGGAAGCUCGCAUCGCCCAGCUGGAGGAGGAGCUGGAGGAGGAGCAGGGCAACAUGGAGCUGCUCAAUGACCGUUUCAGAAAGACCAACAUUCAGGUCGACACCCUGAACACAGAGUUGGCCGGAGAACGCAGCACUGCACAGAAGAGUGAGAGCGCUCGGCAACAGAUGGAGCGGCAGAACAAGGAUUUGAAAACCAAGCUCGCAGAGCUGGAGGGGACUGUCAAGUCAAAGUUCAAGGCCUCCAUCACCGCCCUGGAGGCCAAGAUCCUACAGCUGGAGGAGCAGAUGGAGCAGGAAGCAAAGGAAAGAGCGGCAGCUAACAAGAUCGUCCGUCGUACAGAGAAGAAGCUGAAGGAGGUGAUGAUGCAGGUGGAGGAUGAGCGUCGUCAUGCUGAACAGUACAAGGAGCAGAUGGACAAAGCCAACUCUCGUAUGAAGCAGCUGAAGCGUCAGCUGGAGGAGGCGGAGGAGGAGGCCACCAGGGCCAACGCGACCCGCAGGAAGCUGCAGAGGGAGCUGGACGAUGCAACCGAGGCCAGCGAGGGUCUCACCCGUGAGGUCAACUCGCUCAAGAACCGCCUCAGGCGCGGCGGGCCGGUCAGCAGCUUCUCCUCCAGCCGCUCGGGUCGCCGCAACCUCAAUCUGGACAGCGCCUCCGUCGACAUGUCAGACGAUGACGCCGACAGCCGCGCCGGCGACUUCAACGAGACGCAAACCACCAACGCCGAGUAAACGCGGCGACCCUUUCGUUCCUCGCAUUUCCCCUCCCUCACCCCCCCACCAACACCCCCCAAAGAAAGAUCCUUGGCGUCUCCAUCGUCUUUAUUCAUUUCAAACCACUGGCAGAUGAUUGGAGCGAUGUUUUUUGGUAACGCUGGGCAGAGUGUGCCUGGGAGCCCUUUUUGUAUCAGUUCACAGUGCAGGGAAACUCCAUCAUCCCCUGAAUACAGCCUCGGGCCCUCGAGAGUCACAGGUGGCAAACGGACAAUUCUGCCUUACUCUGCUCUCCUACUAGUCCCGGCUCACCUCUCGUCUCAGCGUCAUGAGGUAAUACGCUCCCUCCCAUCAGGGUUAAGUCAUCGGCUCAGCUUAUUGAGAAAGGUAUACAUAGGUGCAAAGUGCUUUUUAUACAUAUGAAACUGUAGGUGGAAGCUGUGAAGUGCACACACACAAGUAUGUGAACGCACCCCAUACUGGAAUUGCAGGUCUACAAGGAAAUGUAUUACACUUUGGUGUUAUUGGUGUUCUGCUCACUAGUCGUGUAAAAGCCUCUCGUAUCCGACGCACUCCCUCCUCCCAAAACAGAAAAGGUCUCCGUGGCCUUCGGCGCAGCUGCUUUUGUUGCAUACGUCUCCCGCUGAAGUACGGACUGUUUGCUUCUCCACGACAGGAUUGACCAACAUCUCGGGACAUGCAAUUGAAAAACAUGGACUCUGGAUUUGAAGUGUAUUAUUGUAGAAAAAAAAGAAGAAAAAAAAAAAAGGUAUUUUAUCAUCUGUGUUGCUUCAUCUCCACUUUUAAUGACAGAAUGUCUCGCUGGGUUUUAACUAGAGAUCUCAGCUCUGGUGUUGAGCGUGUCCUCGAUGGGUCGGAGCUGCCAUCGGUGCACCGAUGCUGGAAGAUGCACAGAACUGCACAGGAAGACGUUUGCAUUUCUAACUGGAAGCCAACAGGGAGACAAAGCUGUUUCUUACUGGAAGCACUAAACUGUCACUCGGUCGCAUUCUCACAAUUUUGACACUAAAUGGCUAUGAAGUUGAUCAGAAGCGCAGACAGAUGGAACAGUGCCAUGCCCCACUACUUGAGUCACAGCUUAAAAAAUAUUAUUAUUAGGUCCUUUACCACCUUGUCCCGCUGAUCUGAAUGCAUUUUUAGAGACUCUUCGUUGCUCAAUAAAAUAUGUUUUAACUUUCAAUGAGACGUCCCGAAAGGUCUCAGAAAAAUUAAACAUUUUACAGCUAC